UCAUUUUCCAUUUCCAAUUUUCCACAGAUGGUGGUGGUUUUGGGGGUGCAAUGUUUAGAUCAUUGUUGUGUAAAUCAGGGGGGACUCUGAAAAGGGCGGCUGCCAUCAUCAAUGGAGAAUCAUCUUCUUCAACAUUAUUAGCAGCUAAGUAUUUUCUGCUUACGUUUCAAAAUCAAAAUGUUGUUGUAAUUUCAAAUUCUAGGGUUACUUCAAUCUUUUGUUCCUUCUCUACUAAUAGUAGUAGAAAUGGAAAUGGCAAUGUUACUUCUUCCGAUUCUGAAUUUCUGGUUUCUUAUCUGAUUAAUUCAUGUGGAUUAACACAAGAAAAAGCUGUUACUGCUUCUGGAAAACUCAAUUUCAAAACCACUUCUAAUCCUGAUUCAGUCUUAGCUUUACUCAAAGCAUAUGAAUUUACUGAUUCCCACAUUUCUAGAUUAAUCCUUAGAUACCCAGCCAUCCUCUCAUCUAAUCCUCAUAAAACCCUCAAACCCAAAUUUGAUUUUUUCAAGUCCAAAGGGAUUCAUGGACUUGACCUUGCCAACUUCAUCUCAAAUGACCCAAAGAUCCUGAGGGAGAGUUUUAAUAAAGGAAUAAUACCUUCAUUUGAUAUCCUUAAGAGCAUUCUUCAGACUGACCAAAACGUCAUCAAAAUCAUUAAGAGAUGUAGUAGGGUUCUUUGCAAAUAUCUGGUUAGAAAAACGAUGGGCAAUCUAGAACUUUUGUUAUAUGAAGGUGUCCCUCAAACUAAGAUUUCUUACUAUCUAAUUCAACAACCAAGAUCAUUUAUGCUAGAUCACAAUAGAUUUAAAAAGAUUGCUCAAUCCCCACGAGUUUUUAGUCGCAGCUUGAAGGAGAGGCUUAUCCCAAGGUGUUCUGUUAUCGGGAUUUUAGUCUCCAAGGGUCUGAUUAAGAAGAUGAUUUCUAUAAGUGCACUUUCAACAAUGGUAGACGAGUGUUUUCUGGAGAAGUUUGUCAUGAUGUACGAGCAAGAAGUUCCUGAACUAAUGAAGGUAUUCCAAGGUCAGCUUAGUUACCAAGACCUGCUACAGAAUUGAAGGAUUUGAUGGGACGAGUACAUGAUGUACGCGGGGAAGCUUGUGCAGCUACAAAAGAGAAGCGAACAAUAUGCAGGCAGGCGCUCCCAGGCCUGAAUAUUGCAAUACAAUGAAAUCCAGAGCUGGUUGUUAGGAGGGUCCAGCUUCAAGAGAUGAAGUAAGCCAGUAUUUCAUUUUUUGAGUAUAACCAAAUGGUUGUUCGUUUUUAUCAAGUAAGUUAGAAUUUUGUAAACAUGACCCUAUAGGUAAGAUUCUGAUCUAGUACUAGUAGCAGAAGAAUAUAUGAUUAAAAUGUAGAAAUGUGAAUAAAAGUUGCUUUAGAUAGCUUGUCUCUUGUUGUCUGACAUUCUGGAACCCAAGAAAUUUACUUGGAAUUACUCUU